AUGGAAUAAUAGUAGCAGAGAUAGGAGGAUCAAUAAAUUUUUGGUUUACUCUAGAUUUAAGACACUAUCGGCACAUCUGUUUCUAACCAUAACAGCUUCAAUAACACGAUGGACCACAAAAAUCUAAAUGAGUUCCAUCACUUUAUGAACGGAGAGGGAUCGAAAUCAAGGCAAGUAGACUCAGUUCUGCGAAGUCUAGUGAGUGAAGUCGAAGAUUAGAGGCGAUAAUUUGAUAAAAAAUGGUAGAUGAUGAUGAAUUAUCUGAUGAGGAAAAAUGAAGAGCAAGAGCAUCUCAUUAGAAAGUUAAAGUCAAGACUAUAACAGUAUGAAAAUGUAGCACUUACUCAGGAAGAUGAUAAAUCAAUAUCUGAGAUGCAGUAGUACAAUUCAAAAAGAUUAAGCGAUCCUAACAGUUUUCGAUCUCAUUUAAAAUAACCCACCACAAUUAUUACAACACUAGGUGGUAAUAAUGUAAAUCUUCUGAAAUCAAUCAACGAAACGAUAAAUGAAGACAAUUCCAGGCUUAAUGAAGCAUAAGAAAACGAAGCAUAGAACUUUGACUAAUUAUAGCAGCUAUUCCAGUCAAGAACAGACAGGAAUUAGAGAUUUUACUCGCUGGGAAAUAAUCAUAAAAAGUUAUCCACAUUCAGAAAAGGCCAGGAUCCUAAAGACAAUCAGCCAUCAACUGGCCAUUUAAUGAUAUCCAAGCAUUCAAUUCAUCCAGUCAUCAAGACUCCCAAUGCCAAAUUGAGUGAAAGAUCAAAUCAAUAAUAGCAACAACAAUUGUCUAAUCAAUAAAACAAUGAAAACUUAAGUCAAAAUGAGUAAAUGCAAAUUGCCUUUAUUAAUCAAUUGAAGUAACAAUUAGUAAACUGCUAAAAAAUCAUUAUGAAAGACAAAGAAGACAAAGUCAAAUUGAUACAUAAACUUAGAGAAAUGAAGUAGCAAAUAGAGUAAUUAUCAAAGAAUCAGAUCGCAUCACCAAGGGUGUAAAAAGAACUGCCGAGCUAUUAAAAUGCAAAAGUAUAAACAGAAACAAUAGAGUAAAAUACAGAAAACUUAUACGAAUCAAUCUAAUAAUAAUAAAUACAUCAAAUGCAUCAAAUUUUACCAGAUAAAAUGAAGCAAGAGGACUAGAUAUCUGUAGGCAUUAAUACUUCGAUUACUGAACAAGAUGAAAUAAACAUCAAUAAUGAAAGCAUAGCACUUCAGAUGCUCUAGACUCAUCAUCCGAAGGUUAUGUAUGAUGAAUUUGAAGAGUAGCGACUCAAAGACAAUAUUGCUUUCUGGAAAGAAAAGUGUGAUAUAUUGCUUUUAGAGAAGAAAGAAUUCUUACAUGACUAGAUGACGUAGCAUAAGCUUAUUAGAAACUAUGAGUAAUAGAUUGAGGAAUUUAAAUAACUUCUGAAGUAGAGAGACCAGUUGAUAGAAGUCUAUUAGAUUGAGAAGAAGCUAGUAUCUGGAAGGGUAUCUGUUAGCCACCCUAUGUACUAAAAGCCACUGAAUGAACAGAAUAACAAUGUUUAGUUUAUUGAAAACAUGGAUGAUGAUAAGCAGAACUUGCACUUCUAGCGUUCUUAUUUAGAUGGGAAUAUAAACAAUAUGAAAGAAUCAAUGCUCUCAGAUAUUCGCUUGGAAAAUCAGGACAAGCAGACUAUCAGAAUAAUUAAUUAAAAUCCAGGUCUCCCUCAUGAGAGCUGGAUUUAGACAGCAUCAUACUCAGAUGUGUCGAAUGAAUACCAUGUCAUGAGCAGCAAUAAUAAUAGCAAUGAGCAGAAGGAUUUUCAUAGAUACCCAAUAGAAACUUAGAUUCACCAAUUCUUGAAUAACAUUACCUCUGCUGAUAAGAUAAAUCAUCAAAAACCUACAACUACUCAUCAGUUUCACAGUAUCGGGGGAACAUCAUAAAAGCGAAAGCAGACUCCUAAGAAAACUGAACCUCGCUUAAGAUAUCAAAAUAGCAAUAAUACUGUCACAAAGCAUCUAUUGCAAGGUUCUAAUGAUAAAUAUUAAUAGCAACAGCAACCUUUCAUAGAUCAGUCUGCACUCUCAAAGUCAAAGAACUUCGAUAUUAUCAAUAGAUCAAGUCUGAAUCAGAUACACUCUAAAUUCAAUAAAUAACAGCACCAGCACCAUGCUAUAGUAAGUAAUACUGUCCAGCCUAUUUCAGUAAAGUAACAUUCUUUUCAGCCAGUGAGAGAAAAUGCUUACAAUUAGAGUCAGAGUGGCAAUAAUCACUUGAGAUAAACAUCAAAUAACCAACCAGCUAGUAAUCUAAGAUCUCGAGAGUAGUCACACAAUGAGGCAGUCAAAUUGAUUGCUGUCUCUCAGCAUGGAAGCGACACUUAACUUACCUUGAACAAUUAAGCUCCUCAUGGCAGCUCCAGAAAUGCAAUUGCUAAUACUAAUAGCAAUUCAAGCGUUCUCUCAAAAGCAAGCACUAGCAUCUAUAAGAGCACUUAAGCAUUGGCUCUAUCAGGAUCAUAACCUUCAAAGAAGUAAUAACGUAAAGUCACAUAGUCUGGAAGCAAAUCAAGAACUCAGUCAAAUAGCAAUAAAAAGGUUGCGAAGGUAAAUUCUUUUAGCAGUAAAGGAGGAAACAACGGUAGAAAUCUGACAGCAGCUAAUCUUGGACUCAUAACCAAUAAUAAUAAAAACGACAAAGUGCAAUUGAUUGAAGCCAAUCAGAAUAUGAAUCUAAUUGAAACCAUAAUAAAGACCAUUAGUUCCUAGCAUAAUCAGACUAUAGUCGAAGUACUUGAAAGAAUCAAUCCAAAUGAUGUCAAUGAAGAGAUGUAUUCAGCUGAGACUUCUGAGAGAUACGAUCACGACUAAUCGAUUUCAACAGAUCAGUACUCAUCUCCUAUGACUCAUGCCAAGAACAUCUUAAAUGCCUAUAAGCUGCAGUAACCAACUGCAAUAUCCACUUCCAAAAUACUAAACGCAACUUCCUAGCUAUCUAUGGUGCCAAGCAAAGCAUCAUUCCUUAGAAACAAGAAUAAUCUUCAAAAUAUCAAUGAAAAUCAUGAGACAAUGCAGAGUUUUAUUCAGCCACCCACAUAAAUUCAUAGCAGGUAGGGAGCCAGUAGUUCUAUAAGCAGAGAAAAAGGUAAUAACUCAGCCAUUCUCUAGGGAAAGUCUAAUUCAAGUCUAUAAACUGGAGCUAAGCAUAACUACCGCUCAACUGUCUAAACUAGCUUUGCUGAGUCAAGUGUGGACAGUAAAACCAUUAAGCUAAAGAAUACAAGCACAGCCAAGUAACUAAGAUAGAAUUUCUAGAAAAUUAUGGGUAGUGCCACGCCAAACGAAGAAAGCAAAAUCCUUAAAUCACAAUUAGACUAGGACUCAAGAUUGUUUUAGAUGCAUUUAGACAAUCAAAACUAAUAUGUAUUACAAUCUUAGCCAAAUCAUUAACAAAACUUGUAAUAGCAAUAGUUCAGUAUGACUUCUAAUAGCUAAAUUUUAUCACUUAACAAUAGCAAUACAAAUAGUCAUAUGAUAAUGAGUAACACUCAGCCAAAUAUUCUACUUUCAACUAAUAAAUCUAGCAUGCUGAGUCCAGGGCCAUAGACCUAGAUUUCAAAUACAAACCUUACUUUUACGAACAUUUAUGGUUCACAGAAUUGA